UAUGCAAGAUUUAACAGCACAAGUGACUAGUGGUCUCCUGAAAUUCCCAGAAGUGACUAUUCAGGCCCUUCGAGAAGAUGAAAUAACACUAGAAUCUGUACUUCGAGGGAAAUUUACUGCAGGAAAAAGUGGACUUGCUUGCUUGGCUUGUGGUCCACAACUUGAGGUAGUAAACUCUGUAACAGGAGAACGUUUGUCUGCAUACAGAUUUAAUGGAGUAAGUGAUCAGCCUCCUAUAGUCCUAGCAGUGAAAGAAUUCUCUUGGCAGAAGAGAACUGGAUUGUUAAUUGGAUUGGAAGAAACAGAAGGAAGUGUUCUCUGUCUUUAUGACCUUGGUAUAUCAAGAGUUGUUAAAGCCGUUGUUCUUCCUGGAAGGGUAACUGCUAUUGAACCUAUAAUUAAUCAUGGAGGAGCCAGUGUAAGCACUCAGCAUUUACACCCAAGUCUACGAUGGCUUUUUGGUGUGGCCGCUGUGGUAACUGAUGUUGGACAAAUCCUUCUUAUUGACCUGUGUUUGGAUGACUUAUCAUGCAGUCAAAAUGAAAUAGAGGCGUCAGACCUUGAAGUUAUAACUGGUAUCCCAGCUGAAGUACCACACAUCAGAGAAAAUGUGAUGCAAGAAGGACGUCAUCUGUGUUUCCAGUUACUAAGCCCAUCAGGAACAACCAUUUCAACUCUUAGUUACAUAAGUAAAACAAAUCAGCUUGCUGUAGGUUUUUCUGAUGGCUGUCUAGCACUUUGGAACAUGAAAAGCAUGAAAAGAGAAUAUUAUACACAACUGGAAGGUGGAAGAGUUCCUGUAUAUGCUGUUACUUUUCAAGAACCUGAGAAUGACCCUCGUAAUUGCUGUUAUUUAUGGGCUGUGCAGUCUACACAAGAUAGUGAAGGGGAUGUUUUGAGUUUACAUCUGCUUCAGCUGGCCUUUGGUGAUAGAAAGUGUUUGGCCUCAGGACAAAUCUUAUAUGAGGGAUUAGAAUACUGUGAAGAAAGGUACACACUGGACCUCACAGGUGGCAUGUUUCCUUUGAGAGGACAGACUACUAAUACCAAACUGUUGGGAUGCCAGAGUAUAGAGAAAUUUCGAUCUCAUGGUGACAGAGAGGAAGGUAUGAGUGAAGCUCUAUCUCCUGACACCAGUGUUUCAGUCUUUACCUGGCAAGUGAAUAUAUAUGGACAAGGAAAGCCUUCCAUAUAUUUGGGGCUUUUCGACAUAAAUCGUUGGUAUCAUGCACAAAUGCCAGAUUCAUUAAGAUCGGGAGAAUAUCUACAUAAUUGCUCUUAUUUUGCACUGUGGUCAUUGGAUUCUGUUGUAAGUAGGACUUCUCCCCAUUACAUCUUGGAUAUAUUAGUACAUGAGAGAAGUUUAAGUCGAGGAGUUCCUCCUUUGUAUCCACCUCCUGAGCAGUUUUUUAACCCAAGUACUUACAAUUUUGAUGCCACUUGUUUGUUAAACUCAGGAGUUGUUCAUUUUGCUUGUACUGGCUUUCAGAAGGAGACUUUGACGUUCUUAAAGAGAUCAGGACCAUCUCUCAAUGAAGUCAUUCUUGAUGGUUAUAAUCGCUGUCUUGUGGCUGGCCUUCUCUCACCAAGACUUAUUGAUAUUCAGCCUUCUACUUUAAGUCAAGAAGAACAAUUAGAAGCUGUAUUGUCAGCAGCAAUUCACACAAGUUCUUUGGGACUUUUGACUGGAUGUAUCAAAAGGUGGAUAACAGAAGAACAACCAAAUUCUGCUGCUAAUUUGCACUUUGUUCUUGAAUGGACAUGGAAUAAAGUGAUUCUCACAAAAGGGGAAUUUGACAGACUAUGUGUUCCAUUAUUUGAUGGUUCAUGUCGUUUCAUUGAUCCACAAACCAUGCAGUCUAUCCAGCAGUGCCAUUUGCUGUUUACCAACCUUAGUACAGUCUUAAGCUAUUUUGCUACAGAGGCCCAAGAGAUCACUGAGAGAGGUCUGAUGGACUUAAGAAAUAAGCAUAUGGUUACCCAGCUCCUCUGUCAGUAUACACAAAUGAUUCUUUGGUUCUCUCAUUCUGGACUUUUACCAGAAGGCUUAGAUGAUGCUGUGCAGUUGUCAAGGUUGUGCUACAACUACCCUGUAAUUCAAAACUACUACACCAGCCGUCGUGAGAAGUGUGAACGCUUAUCCAGAGGGAAGUGGAACCCUGAUUGUUUGAUGAUUGAUGGAAUAGUUUCUCAAUUGGGAGAUCGAGUUGAGAAGUUAUGGAAGCGAGAUGAAGGAAGCACAGGAAAAUAUCCUCCUAUGAGUCUACAUGCUCUGCUAGAUAUGUACCUACUAGACAAUGUUACUGAAGCAGCCAAACAUUCUGUUACCAUUUAUUUGCUGCUUGAUAUUAUGUAUUCCUUUCCAAACAAAGCGGAUACUUCAAUUGAAUCUUUUCCAACUGCUUUUGCCAUUUCUUGGGGCCAAGUUAAACUUAUUCAAGGUUUUUGGCUGCUAGAUCAUAAUGACUAUGAGAGUGCUUUGGAUCUUCUGUUUCACCCAGCUACUGCAAAACCUGUACCAUGGCAACAUUCAAAGAUUAUUCAAGCCUUCAUGAUUCAGGGCGAACAUAGACAAGCCCUCAGAUAUAUUCAAGCAAUGAAGCCACCAGUGUCCAAUGGUAACGAUGUUACCCUUCACCUCACUGUUUUGCUUUUUAAUAGGUGCAUGGUUGAGGCCUGGACUUUAUUGCGACAUCAUUCUAAUAGAUUCAAUGUAGAAGAGUUACUAAAGCACACAUAUGAAAUAUGUCAGGAAAUGGGUUUAAUGGAGGAUUUACUGAAGUUACCUUUUACAGACACUGAGCAGGAGUGUUUAGUGAAAUUUUUGCAGUCCAGUGCCAGUGUUAAGAAUCAUGAGUUCCUUUUAGUUCACCAUUUGCAGCGUGCCAAUUACAUUCCUGCCUUGAAGCUUAACCAAACUCUGAAGAUUAAUCUUAUGAAUGAUCGGGAUCCUCGUUUACGUGAGAGAUCAGUGGCUCGCAAUUCUAUAUUAGACCAAUAUGGAAAAAUCCUUCCUAGAGUCCAGCGAAAAUUAGCCAUUGAACGAGCUAAGCCUUACCCUCUGACAGCAGCAACAGUUUUCCGAGAAGUUUCUAAACCCAGACCAUUAUCAGCCGUUUCAAAACAAGCUGCAACAGGGACUGUGUUGACAAGAUCUUCUUUCAUCAAUAAUGUGUUAUCUAAAAUUGGAGAAAUUUGGGCAAGCAAUGAACCUAAAAAUAGCAUUUCUCCUUACAUUAGUUCUAACAUAGAAAAACCGUCUCCUAUAGUAUAUUCUCUCCCGGCCCCAGAGGUGCCUGAAGCAUUUCUUGAAACACCAAUUUCAAAAGGAUCACAAAAAGUUUCUAGACUGCUGGAUUUGGUUCGUCCUGUCCCCCAGCCUUCUCAGGAUUUGGAUUUUACUCAGCAAACCUCUCCCACACGGUCUUGUUUGUACCUAGCAUCCAGUCCAAUGCCAUUAAAUCAGUUAAGAGGAUCACAUCAAAACACCUCUAGGGCAUCAGAAUUACAUUUACUUGAAACUCCACUUGUAGUUAAGAAAGCUAAAGCUUUGGCCAUGUCAGUUACUUCUACUGGAUUUGUAGAAUUCACUCCUCAAUCCAUUCUAAGGUCUGGUCUUCGAACAACCCCUUUAAUAUCUCCUUCUUUGUCACCUGGAAGGUCUCUUACUCCUCCUUUACGACUUAAAGAAACUAGAAUUUCUUUCGUGGAAGAAGGUGUGACUACAAAAUGGACUGCUGGAGCUGCAGAUGAUAGCAAAACAAAAGUAUUUAUUGCUACACCUUUCCAUAAAUGUGGAGUUCCGGCAGAAACUGAAUGGCUGAAGAGUAAAGAUAAAGCUUCAUCUUUUUCUCUGAAUAGUCCUGAGAAUGAUCAUCAAGAAAUGGACAUUAGAUUACUGGAUACGUCUCAAAGUUUGGAGAAACUGGACAUGAGCAAAGAAAACAGCAUUGCUUCAACUAGAUCAGACCCAACUACCUUGGAGUAUCAGGAUGCACCAUCACCAGAAGAGUUUGAAGAUAUUGUUUUCAUAGCUGCUAAACCAGCAAGCUCUUCCACUGAACUAAUUACUGAUUUAACUGAACAAGUUGAGAAGGAAGGUGAUCAAGAUGUGUUUGAGUCCGAAGUGACUCCUCCAGACCUAAAGAAACAAACUGGCACUGUAGAAGAUGCAGGAACAAAAGAUCUCCUAGUUCUAGAGGAAGCAUUUUCAGAAUUUCACAAUCACUUAAACCCCAUUCAAGGAGCUGAAGCUUCUUGUGCAUCAUCAAUCCACAAAGGGAAAAUCCCCAUGUUAGAAUCCAAGGUACCAGUUUUAGAUGAAGGACUAGCAUCUAUUGAAAACUGCACCUCUAUAAUUAGAACAGGUAGCAAUAAAUCUAUGGUGGAUGCCCCUCCUGAGAGUGGAAGUCCUGCGCGUGGUGUCUCUGAAAGUCCUAUUGUCUCUGAGAAUAGAUUUGAUCAGAAAAUAGCAUUAAAUCUAAAGGAAGAUCAUGAAAUAAAAGCUGACUUACCAGAAGAAAAGCCUCCAGUCAGUGAUGGUCCUCCUGACACUCAAGAAAUUCAUGUGAUUGAAUAUGAAAAAGUUGAAGCUCAAGAUUCAGGAGAAGAGGCUAGGAAUCUUCCAUAUAAUGAGUUAUACCCCUCAGGAACUCAUAAACUUCAGUAUAAUUUAGAUAACAUUGAACAGCAGUUUUGUGACUUUCUGGAUAAAGACUCAGCUGAGUGUGAUGUUGCUGAAGUAGAUGGGGAACUUUUUGUGGUUCAAAACAACUUUACCUUAGUAUUGGAAGGUGAAGAAGGAGAAGUUGAGACUGGUGAUUCUGCAGUAUCUAAUAACUCAGUUAACGCAACUAACUCAGCAACUGAGGAAAAUGAUCAUUGUGGGCAUGUUGCAAAUGUACCAUCUGUCAUAACUAGUGAUCAAGAAUCCCAAAAGGUAGCAGCAUUACCAUAUGUGCCUGAACCAAUUAAAGUAGCUAUUGCAGAAAACGUACUAGAUGUAAUUAAAGACACAAACAGUAAAGAAAUUACUUCAGACACAAUGGAACAAUCCAUUCAUGAAGACAUACCUUUAUUAAGCCAAAAGAUAAUGUGUUCCACAGAGUUAGUCAAGUCUAAAUUGAAGACUGUUGAGGACACCAAGACAAUGACUAUAAAUGUCAACCAGGUAGAUGACAUGGUUUCCUCCAGAACUCGCACGAGAGGACAGUGUGUCCAAAGCCUGAAUAUAAAAUCAAAACAGAAAGAGUCGGCAAAUAUUGCCUCUCCUGAGAUACUGGGGCUUUCAGCUAUGAAGAAACCUAGGAAAACAAAAGAAAUUUCUGAUGCUUCUGAAAAUGUCUACUCUUAUAUCAAAGGGAUAUCUCAGAAGCAGCAAAUACCUCAAAGUCCUGUUACUCCUAGGAGAGGAAGGAGAAAAAGAAACAUUGAUCAAGAUUCAUUAGAAAGUAUUAAUCCUAUGAAACAAGAAUUACAGGUCACUCCAGGUAGGGAAUUAAGGUCAAAGUCAUCUCAGCUGUUGGAACAAGCAAGUAAAGAAGCUUGUUUUAACAAAGAAGCUAAGCUAACAUCUGUUACAAAAAGGACUCCUAAAAGAAUUAAAAAAUCUGUUGAAAACCAGGAAAGUGUUGAAAUUAUAACUUACCCCAAGAUUAGUGAAGUGGCUAGUCCUAGCAGAAGUCUCAGAAAAUUGAGAAGCAGUAAUUUGAAGGCUACUGAAGAUACAGAAUAUAAACAAGAGCAGUGCAAUGACCAUCAACUGCUCAUUCAGCAUAAUAGAAGAAUUAAAGAAAGAGAUGUUAGUGCUUCAAAUGUGAUGGACCACUCUAAACUUGAUUCAUCACAGUUGACUCUUCAAGGAGAAUUUGAUAUACCUGCCACACCUAGGAAACGUUAUAAACCAUCUAAAGAUUUAGGAUCGCAAGCUAUGGAGACAGAGAGAAGUCCCAAAAAGAGAAUAACUGUUGGCAUCCAAAGGAGGUCUACAAGAAGCACUCCAGCUAAAAGUGAAAAUACAAGAAGCACUCCAGCUAAAAGUGAUAUUGGAAAGUUAGUUUUAGAAGAAUCCAUUUUAUUGCCAAAUGAACUUGCUACUGUGAUGAGCUCUAAAAAGAAGCUUACAGAAAGGACUGAAAAUCAAAGCCAAAAACAUCCAUUAUGCCCAAUAGCAGAAGAGCGCUUAGAUAAAGAACCCAAUAACCAAGGAAAAGGCUUGCUUGCCACAGCUGCUUUGACUAAGUCUUCUCGUAGUGUAAGGACUAGAUCUAGUAAGGCCCUCUUGUUGCCAGACUUUGGUGAACCAAGAAAUGAGCCUGUGUCAAAAAUGCCAAGGAAAGAGAAAGCAAAAAAAAUAGAAGCGUCUACACAACUGAAAGAAUUGGUUUCAGAUUUAUCUUCACCAUUUGUCCUUUCACCUCCUACUUUGAGGACCAGAAAAACAAAGGUAUCCAAUACAUCCACGCUUAUAGAUGAACUGAGAGAUGAUCCUAAAUCAACAGAAACUAUGGAAAAACAAAAAGUGAAAAAGAUCAGGACUGCCACAACAAAACAAGCAAGCAAAAAAAUAGAGAAAGAAAGUUCUUGGUCACCUCCUCCAGUAGAAAUUAAGCUGAUUUCUCCCUUGGCAAGCCCAGUUGAUGAAGUAAAGAGCAAACCAAGAAAGACCACAGAAGUAACAGGAAAAAUUCAUGGAAGGAACAGGAAGAAACCAUCUUCUUUUCCAAAACAAGUUUUACGCAGAAAAAUGCUGUAA